AUGCUUAUUAGCUCUACUGGUUCAAUCAAAUCAAAAGCUGCUAAUAAUUGGAAAACCAAAAGAUCUGCUGAUUACGAUUUAUUACCUGUUCCUUUGAUAAAAAAUUCUUCAUAUGUUGGUUAUCAUCAUGUAACUUGGUACGUCUCUAACGCAAAACAUUGGGCUACUUAUUUUGUUCAUAUCCUAGGUUUCAAUCAUAUUGCCUAUAAAGGCCUAGAAACUGGUUCCAGGAAUAUAACUGCUCAUGUUGUAUCAAAUAAUCAGGUUAUCUUUCAAUUUAUAUCCCCAUUAAGAAAUGAUAAUGCUGAAUCAAAAAAAAUUUGGAAACAUAUCCUAAAACAUGGUGAUGCUGUUAAAGAUGUCGCUUUUAAAGUCGAUAAUCUUAAAGAGCUAUACAAAGUAGCAAUCGGUUCUGGUGCUAAAAGUUUAAUGAGUCCAACUGAACUCCAAGAUGAUUCUAAUAACGAUUAUUCAAUUUUAAUGGCUCAAAUUAAAGUAUUUAAUGGUGACACAACUCAUACUUUGAUUGAAUUUCCAAACAUCCCACAAACUGAAUCAAAUAAUCAAGUCUUCUUACCUGGUUAUAAAAAUACAACAAAUAGUAAAAGAUUUAACUUUUUCAAUUCAGAAUCAAUUCAGUCUUUACCACAAAUUCAUUUUGAAAAAAUUGAUCAUUGCGUUCAAAACCAAGGUUGGUAUGAAAUGAAUAAAUCUUGUCAAUUUUAUGCUAAAGUAUUCGGCUUUCAUAGAUUUUGGUCUGUUGAUGAAAAAGAUAUUAGUACUGAAUUUUCUUCUUUAAGAUCAAUUGUAAUGGCUUCAGAAAAUGAAGCAAUUAAAAUUCCAAUUAAUGAGCCAGCAAAGGGUAAAUGUAAAUCACAAAUUGAAGAAUUUCUAGAUUAUUACGAUGGGCCGGGUAUUCAACAUAUUGCUUUAUUAACUAAUGAUAUAAUUUCCACUGUUAAAGCAAUGAAACAAAGAGGUGCAGAAUUUAUUAAUGUUCCCGAAAUUUAUUAUGAUUUCCUAAAGGAAAGAUUGAAAGAUAAUGGUCCCAACAUUCUGGAAUCAAUGGAUGAAAUUAAAAAGCAAGGCAUAUUAGUUGAUUUUGAUGAAAAUGGUUAUUUAUUACAAUUAUUCACUAAACCAUUAGGUGAUAGACCAACUAUUUUCUUAGAAAUUAUCCAACGUAAUAAUCAUAACGGAUUUGGUGCUGGUAAUUUUAAAGCUUUAUUUGAAACAAUAGAGGCAGAGCAAAAACUAAGGGGAAAUCUAGAGAAAACUUAA